CCAGGGGGCUUUGCAUCUGAGACUGCCAGCCCCAAAAUGUUGACGUUGACAGUUGCUCUCCUAGCUCUUCUCUGUGCCUCAGCCUCUGCCAAUGCCAUUCAGGCCAGGUCUUCCUCCUACAGCGGAGAGUAUGGAGGGGGUGGUGGAGAGCGAUUCUCUCAUUCUGGCAACCAGUUGGACGGCCCCAUCACCGCCUUUCGGGUCCGAGUCAGCAGAUACUACAUCAUAGGUCUCCAGGUGCGUUAUGGGAAGGUGUGGAGCGACUAUGUGGGUGGCUCCUCAGGAGAUCUGGAGGAAAUCUUUCUGCACCCUGGGGAAUCUGUGAUCCAGGUUUCUGGGAAGUAUAAGCGCUACCUGAGGAAGCUGGUCUUUGUGACAGACAAGGGCCGCUAUCUGCCUUUUGGGAAAGACACUGGCACAAGUUUCAAUGCCGUCCCCUUGCAUCCCAACACCGUGCUCCGAUUCAUCAGUGGCCGGUCUGGUAGCGUCAUCGAUGCCAUUGGCCUGCACUGGGAUGUCUACCCCAGUACCUGCAGCAGCUGCUGAGCCCCCUCCCCUUGGCAGGGGCACUGUGAUAAGGAGUAAGAACUCACUUAUCACUAACCCCCAUCCAAAUGGCUCAAUAAAAAAUAUGGCUAAGG